AUGUUCAAGAGAGCAAUGAGCACAGAUGGUCCCGUGGCACGUACCAUCCUGAAGAGACUGGAACGUGGUUUUCCAGAUUACAAAAACUUUGCAUUUGGCCUCUAUAACGACUCUCACAAGCAUAAGGGCCAUGCUGGUGUGCAGGGGAAUGUCUCUGCUGAGACACAUUUCCGAAUCGAGAUGGUUAGUAAAAAGUUUGAGGGUCUAAAACUUCCACAACGCCAUCGUAUGGUUUAUUCUCUCUUGCAAGACGAGAUGGCGCAGACGAACGGUAUCCAUGCUUUACAAUUAUCACUAAAGACCCCACAGGAGUAUGAGUCCAAGGCCAAAUAG